CUAUCGUCAGUUGUACAUCUGUCGCUUCUGGGAUGUUUCUAAUCAUUCGUGUCUAAGUACUCUAGCAGUACUCCAAAAUUCUAGGGAUUUAAUUCAAGUAAAAGAGGAGAGGUUCACUGAAUCAGCUAACAAAAGACACACAGAAGUCAAGCAUCACCGCAGAGCUACAUGCCUAACAGAAUGUCUUCUUUUAUAAGAUGGAAAAGUGUUGUUAAGAAAGUGAAGAUGGGGAAAAAGGAGAAAGGAGCAAAAGAGAAGGGAACAGCAAGCAGUGAAGAAGAACAAAAAAGCUCAGAAGAAUACCAGUGUACUGGGAACUUGGAGCAAGAUUUCACUGAACUUUGUGUUCGGUUGGGACUGAUAGAGAUUCCUCGUGUUGUACCUCGACUUCGCCCACCUUCUACUCCAUCAUUAGAUAAAACUAUUCAUGAAGAUAGUGAAUGGUCAUUUCAUUCCGAUAAAGAUAGCCUCUCACCAUUCCCUACAAAGGAUCGCUUCUCAUACUUCAAGCCUUGCAUUCAUAUUGAAACGGACUCAGAAGACAGCAAAGCUGUGAGGGAAGUCUUUAUCAGAGGAUGGAAAAUUGAUGAGAAGAUGAUGGGUGUUUUCAGCAAGUGCCUGCCAGCAGUGACCAGUCUCCAUGGUGUUCACCUCUGGAAUGUUGGAUUGACGGAUGAUACACUGACCAGCUUUGUGACUUUUCUGCCACGAUGUACUGCUUUGAAGAUGAUAGUUCUGGAUGGAAAUCCACUUCCUCGGCAGUCUUACUAUAAGCUACUUUCUGAAGAAAGUUUACUAUCUCAUGUGAGUUUGCGGAACAACAACAUAGAUGAUGAAGGUGCAAAACUAAUUGGGCGAGCUUUGUCAACAUUGAAGACUGGCAAUCGGAACUUGGUGUCACUCAACCUCAGUUACAACCACAUCUCUGAUCAAGGGGCCACAUACAUUUCUGAGGGUUUACGACUUAACCGUAGCCUCUUGAGUCUGUCCUUGGCACAUAACCGAAUUGGAGAUCAAGGAGCUAUAAAACUAGCAGAGGUUCUUGGUCCUUUUGCUCUAACUCAUGAAGAAAUUGUAGAAAGGAGAAGACUUCUGCUGGAAAAGGAACCUAUUGAAAGACAACGAUCACCUUCAACAUCAAGAAAGUCUGAGUCAAAAGGUGACCGUCCUGUGUCUCAUCCCAGCAGCACAGCCAUCGACAAGGUGGAUAAAACUGCAAAACCCAGCAAGAGUGCUUCCAAAAAAAAAGAAAAGUCUCAGGAAUCAGCAAAAAAGGAUGAGAAAGCAGGAACUGGAGGUGGAGGGAGUCAGGCAGCUAGUGCAAGUGCGCCCGGAGGCCAAGGAGCAACUGCUGCAAAGAAAGAAGACUCCAAGGCUGCCAAAAAACCAUCCAGUAUUACAGAGCCAAAGACAUCUAGAAGCAAGACAGUCAAAUCAGCAAAUAAAGAUAAGCGCCCUCCUGCACAAGAGCCUGAGCAGUCAGCAGAGCAGACCGAGACUGUACACCCUUUACUUGAACAAGCUGAUCACCAUGAUGGGAAGGUGUUCCUGCCUGGAAAUCGGACACUUAUAAACCUCAAUCUCAUGCGUAACUUUAUGACUGAAGUAGGCCUUCAAGCUUUUCUUGCUGCAGUACAUUUACAAACUCAAUUAGGAAAGCCAGCCUCUUCAGGUACCAACCAGCUGGGACUUCUUAGACUGUCACUAGCUAAAAAUAGUUUCCCUGCAAGCAGCAAGGCAUUUCUGAUGCUCCAGGAUUUAAUGCUGAAUAGGGAUCCUCUUCGUAAGAAUGUCAAGCCACCUGAAGAAGAACAGACUGCCUCAGGAUAGCCUCAAGUAGCAAGACAUUGUGCUGGAUGUCUGUACCUGUCUGCAACUGUCUGCCUGUUUAAUAAAAUCCUGUGGUGACUUGACGUUGUGAUACAACUUCUGGACUUUGUGGUGAUUGAAGUUUUUUGAUUGAUUCUGCCCUGGUGGGUGUUAAGCACUUCUUUUUUUCAAUUGUGCUGGAUGUACUCUUUAUACAAAAUAGAUAACCUUAAGCCAUCCAUGAUGCUUUUACAUAACGAAGAAAACACAGAUAGUUUACUUUGUUAAUACCUCUUCUUUCAACAGCUGUGCUCAGAAGCUAAUAAACAUACAUUUUCUUGGCAAUAAUGUUA